ACUGGUUACCACAGUAGUAUCUAAUGACAGUAGGCAUUCCACCCGCAUUCGGUCAGGGUUGGUUCCGACUUUUUCGAAGCUAGUGUUCGGGCAUCUCCCUGGUUAGUGAAAAUGAAGGAAAGGACAAUGCAAUUCUUCGUAUACCCACACGUGUGCAAAAAGACAUUCGCUCAUCCCAGUGUAUACUUAUAACAGUGACUAAAAAAAAAAUAGUCGUUGCAAUAGAAUCAUAUAGGAGAAUUAUCAGAGAUGGAUUAUAAAUACAGACUUUACGAGACAGUGAACAAUAAUUCAGCUUCUCGAGUUGAGAAGGGGAAUCAGGAGCAGCUGCCGUUGCUCCCAAAACCUAGGGAAGGUGAUGGGGACAGGCCCGUUUUGGGGAAUUUCAAGUCUUCCCACUUGCUCUCCCUGUAUAUGUUUCUCUACCUUUUGUAUUUGUGUAGCGGGGCAGCCCUUUUCAGUUUCAUGGAAGCUCCUGAAGAAAGGGCAGUCAAGGUCAGGGUGGACACUGCCAUACAGAAGUUUUUGGUGGCCAAUCCUAGUGUACCAGAUCAGGAUUUGGAAGAUUUGAUAAAGGAGAUAGUGAAAGCAAAUAACAGAGGGGUUUCUGCUAUAGGAAAUGCUACUGGAACACCAAAUUGGAGUUUUGGACAAUCCCUGUUUUUCGCUAGUACAGUGGUGACAACUAUUGGGUAUGGUCACGUGACGCCGCUCAGCCGCAGCGGAAAGGUUUUUUGCAUUCUGUACGCGAUGGUGGGUAUUCCUUUGACUCUGGUGCUCCUUUCCGCGUUGGUGGAGAGGCUGUUGGUACCCACCAUAUGGUUGCUGCAAUGGCUGAACUCCAGGCUGGGACACCUCUACCAACCCUUCAACAUACGCAUAUUCCAUCUGAUAAUAAUGGUGAUGACGCUGAUUGGACUCUUCAUCCUUCUACCAGCUGGAGCUUUUGCCUUGAUCGAGCCUGAUUGGGACUACCUGGACUCUCUCUACUACUGCUUCAUAUCUCUCACGACCAUUGGCCUUGGUGAUUAUAUACCGGGCGAUGCAGCGAACCAGCCUUACCGUCCGGUUUACAAAAUAGCAACUACAUGUUACCUGUUUCUCGGCAUCACCUUCAUGAUGCUGACCCUAGCAGUAUUCUACGACAUCCCGCAACUCAACCUCGGCCUGCUGUUCACCACCACCGACGAGGGCAGCUCGGAGAAGGUACGGCUAGCCGGCUCGGGACACGGACUGCAGUACGGGGCGGGGGGCAGUUUCAGCCCCGACAACGACGACGGCGAGCACAGGCAGGUGGUGAGGGUGAGGUCACGGAGGACGGACAGCCCCAGUCCCGAGGACCCGGGCCCCAAGGGGAUGCCUUGAGAGGGUGGGGGUUGACAUAUCGAAAGGGGGCAAAGGAAUGGAGUUUUUUUCUAGGGAGUAAAUAUGUGUGUAGAGUUGUGUGCAUAAACAAGUCGUUUGUAUGGUGUAAACAUGCCUAUAUACAGUGUGACCCACUUCCAAUGGAAAUACCCCUGUAUCUUACGUAAUCGUUGGGUAAGGAUCCUGAAAUUUGCUGGAGCGAGAGAUAUACCAAAAAUGCACUCUAUGGCCAAGUGGGGUCAUCUUCAGUGAUAUACACUGCUCGCCAACAGCCAUGGAACCACCCCUAUUUCCGGAAAAUGAUAUUAGGAGUCAAAAUAGGUUGAAAAUCACUUCGAAUUCGGAAUCAGGACGCCCAAUUCAGUGACUAUUCAUAAUUUUUCCAGAAAAUUUUCAGUUCAGAAGAAUUAAAUUUUGUCUCUAACAAUUUUCAUCGAUACACAUUCUCAUCUGUUAUUAAAACAUCAAAAGUACAAUUAAUUAAUUAGUGGACUUGUUUUUUCAUUGAAUUGAUACCAGAAUCAACGCAAAUAGAAAUAGUGCAUAUGCUAGAUAUUGAAAAAGUGAAAAAGAAAAAAAUCCCAUUUUGCAUAAUUGUGAAUUACUAUUCUGAUUUUGUUCUUGAUGUUCUAUGAAUUUAUGGGAUAUUUUGAAAAUGGAUUUUUUUUUACUUUGUAAAUUACUAGCAUAUGAAUUAUUUUUGAUGUUUGCUUCAAUUUCGGUUUGAAUCAUUUCAUUAAAAAACUGGUUUACUGAUUAAUUGAUUGGACUUUAGAUGUUUCAAUAACAGAUAAGAAUGUGGAAUGAAAUGGUCGAGAAAUAGUCAACAAUAUUAUAGGAGUGGAUGGAGGUCACAGGGAUGCUUCAAAAAAUGUGCUAAUAUAUAGGGCAUUCCAUUUAAAAAAAUGCAUCCUGACCCUCUAGAUUUUUUCCGGUGCCCCCUGUAUAUGCGGC